AUGGCCUCUACCACUACCCAAACGCAAUCCGCAACCGAAAACCUCGCCCAAUUGCAGCUCAAUGCAACCCCCAUCACCCAUGCUCUCUCCGACGUGGUCAAACAGGACGACUGGAGCGACUUCCAGUUCGCCCCCAUCCGCGAAUCCACCGUCUCCCGCGCCAUGACCUCCCGCUACUUCCAAGACCUCGACAAAUAUGCCGUGAGCGACGUGAUCAUCAUCGGUGCCGGCUCCAGCGGUAUCGCUGCCGCCUACGUCAUCGCCAAGAACAGACCCGAUCUAAAAGUAUCCAUCAUCGAGGCUAACACCGCUCCAGGAGGUGGCAGCUGGGUCAGUGGAAGUCUCAUGAGCGCUAUGAUCAUGAGAAAGCCAGCGCAUCUUUUCUUGGACGAAUUGGAAAUUCCUUACGAAGAUGAGGGCGAUUACGUUGUGGUGAAGCACGCCGCUAUGUUUGUCACUACCACGCUCAGCAAAGUGCUGCAAUUUCCUAACGUGAAGCUGUUCAACGCAACGGCCGUGGAGGAUUUGGUGACCAGACCAGCAGACAACGAGAGUGGCGUGCAAGUGGCCGGCGUGGUCACCAAUUGGACUUUGGUAACGCAGGCGCACGACUUGCAGAGUUGUAUGGACCCCAACGUGAUCGAGUUGUCAGGGUACAAGAACGACGGAACCCGGGAUCCCAGCCAGAAGCACGGUGUUGUGUUGUCGACUACAGGCCACGAUGGUCCUUUCGGUGCGUUUUCCGCAAAGAGAAUCGUGUCGAUCGACAAGAACCAAAAGCUUGGCGGAAUGAAAGGUCUCGACAUGAACAGAGCAGAAGCCGGCGUGGUGAAGAACGCAGGCAAGUACGCGGGCGUGGACUCGAUGUAUUUUGCCGGUAUGGAGGUUGCCGAGUUGCACGGAUGCAACAGAAUGGGCCCCACGUUUGGUGCCAUGGCCGUUAGCGGUAUCAAGGCUGCCGAGGAAAUCUUGAAACACUUUGCUUGA